UUUAAGAAGUCAUCUCUUGUAAAAGCCAUCACUUGUUCCUAUUUUUCCAAACUGUAAUCCAUAAUUCAUUUACACACAGUUUUGCUCUCUCUCUCUCUCUCUCUCUCUCUCUUUCUGUGCUUUGUGACAUUUUUAAAACUCAGAAUUUUGACCAAUUCUGUCAGAAAGCUGCUAGAAUUAACAGGGAACUUGAACUUGAAGCUCCCAAUGCUGAUCUUGAAGAAGCUGGCAAGGAGGCUGAACAAGUCCUUCAAUGAUUCAACCCUUCACAGCUGAAAGGGAAGACCAAAGGGAGGCCUGCCUUUGGAUUUGAUUUUGGCCGUAUUGUGCGUUUACGGAGAAGACCAAAAGCUGCAAAGGCAAAUGGUGUGUUUGGUGCAACAGAUAUAACAAUGUCAGUGAUGGAAGGAGAUUCUGUAUCUCUACACACUAAUCUUACUGAAAUACUGAACGAUGAUACUUUACUGUGGGUGUUUGGACCUAAAGGCUUUGUCAUAUCCCAAAUAACGAGAAAGAACGACCUGACCUCAUUUUUUGUCACCGAUGAUGUGGGAUUCAGAGACAAAUUGCAAGUAGACCAAAAAACUGGUUCUCUCACCAUCAGAAACACCAGAAUCAGACACUCGGGACAAUAUAAACUAACCAUCUCUAGAGAAAAGAGUACGACUAAGACAUUUAAUGUUACUGUAAUUGGUGUGGUUGCUGAGACGGGUGGAGUGAAGUCAGUAUCAGUGAUGGAGGGAGAGUCUGUCACUCUACAGAAUUAUGUUACUGCAAUACAGAGAGACGAUCUGAUAGUGUGGAGGUUUGGGGAUAAAGGCAUUCUCCUGGCUAAAAUCAAUGUGGAAACUAAUGAGACCUCAGUAAACAUUGCCGAUGAGCGAUUCAAAGGCAGACUGGAGCUGGAUCAGACUGGAUCUCUGACCAUCACAGACACCAGAACCGAACACGCUGGACUUUAUGAGCUACAGAUCAGAGGCUGUGAGAGCUCGCAGCAAUUCUUGGUUUCUGUCAGUGCUGUUCCUGAUCCGGGUCUGUCUCCGGGUGCUAUAUUUGGGAUAGCUGCUGCUGUUUUGUUAUUCCUGACUGCAGUUGUAGCUGCUGUUGUGAUUUACUAUCGCCGCAAGAUCUCUGAACUAGAAAAGCAAGUGGCUGUCACAGUUGAAGAAAAGUUAGUGGCAGAUGGAGAUUCUGUCACUUUAGAGACUGAUACUGAAGUACAGAAAGAUGAUAAGAUACAGUGGUGCUAUAAAGAAGACAACAAUCUUAUUGCUGAAAUCAGUGGAGCGACCAGUAAAAAAACAUAUGAUGGUUUUGAUGAGAUAUUCAGAAGCAAACUGGUGCUGGACGGUCAGACUGGGAAUCUCACCAUCAAUAACAUCAGAGGAAUUCACUCUGGAGUCUAUAAACUACAGAUCAGCGGCAAAAACACAAGAACCGAAUACAAGAAUUUCAUUGUUACUGUCAAAGUGAGGACAGUGCCUGUGAUGUCCGGAGAAUUUGUGACUUUAAAUACUGAGACUGAAAUACAAAGCGAUGAUCUGAUACUGUGGACACGUGGAGCUAAAAACAGUCUCGUUGUUAAAGUUGAUUCAGGAACAACUAGUAUUAGUGAGAAAUUCAGAGGCAGACUGGAGCUAGACAAGACGACUGGAUCUCUGAUCAUCACAAACACCAGAACCACAGACUCUGGAGUUUAUAAACUACAGAUCAUCAACAGCGAACAAACCACAUUCAGGAGAUUCAAUGUGACUGUCACUGGUUCCACAGCAAAACAAGUGAAUGAAUCAGAGACUGUUGAGAUGUCACUGUUGAGUGAAGACGUGGAAGAAGUGAAUGAGUGAGAAGUGAGAGUCACAUCAUCACCAUUGCGCUCAACAGCAUACUUGAACAAGCUGUUAAAAUCACGUUAACACUUGUUUGCUUUUAGAUGAAGGAAACAUGUUUAUGAAAGUCUUUCAAAAUUCAUUUUACAACUGAUACACAUCAUCCCAGUUACUUUAUUAGCAUAAUACUAGUUUGACACUGAAGACAGAUGCGUGCUGAAUCGAACUACUGAAAAAGUGCUGAAGAACUACUGAAGAGCAAGCAAAGAGACACAAGCUUCAAAGUUAUCCAUUAGCUGUCCACAUGCUGGAAAUGCAUUGUGUUGUAAUCAUCUGUGGUGCUACAAUUACCAAACAUCAGCUUUGAGAAAGCUGUGAAAUCAAACCAAGAUACAUUGUUUGUUACAUCUGAACUGAUUACAGAAAUUCAAGGUGGUGUGAAAUAGCCGAACACUGAACAAUUUGAUACUCCAAACACCAAGUUGAUUUUGACAGGAGUGUUUUAUCUUGUACAACGAGAAUUUUUGUCAUCAAAAGUGAAUCAGUUUUCACAGCUAUACCAUAGAAGAACAAUUUUUGAUCACCCAGAUAACCUUUCAAUAAACAGUUUUUUAAAGAACCAUUUUUUUAAUGUAAACAACAUUUUUAAAAUCUAAAGAAUUUUCUUCCACUAUGUUUAUAUACAUACAGUACUGUUACUGUUUUAUCUGAAGUGUGCUGUGUUGCCUUAUAAAAUAGUAAAAUAGGAGAAAGUAAACUUAUGUUUCGGUACAAUAAUGUGAAGUGGUAAUUUCCAUUGCAUGUGUUUUUGUAUAAUAUUUCAUGAUAAUACUACACUUAAUAUUGCCGAUGAUUUACUCUGUGUCUUGACCUGUAAUUUUAAUAAUAAGCAGCAGUUAU